CACAAUCUCUUAAUCUCAUCCGUUGAUCCAUCAAGUCCACGUCAUCUUCACAAAACCUCAGCCCUCCGAUCCUCUCCACUCCGUCGAACCACCCUUGGUGCAUUCACUCCUGUAUCGGUGAUCCUUCAUGAAGUUUUAGAGUGAGAGUAGAGAGAGAAACAUAUAAGCGAAGAAUCCAAUGGCUGAAACAGGAUUCGAACUUCGUGCAAACGAUUGAGUUAGGGUUUAUCGGUUUCGUGUACGGAUUCGAGCAAGUUUAUUGUUCGUAGUGUUCUCGAGGUUACAAAUUGAACGAUAAAUGAAGCUGUGUUAAUCGGUACAUGUGUGUGCAAUUGAAGCAGGUUAAGUUAGGGCUUUUCGGUUUCAUGUACGGAUUCGAGCAAGUUUAUUGUUCAUAAGUGUUCUAGAGGUUAAGAACUGAACAAUAAUUGAAGUUGUGUUGAUUAGUACAUGUGGAGUUAGGGUUUUUCCGUUUCGUUUAUGGAUUCGAGCAAGCUUAUAGUUCGUAAGUGUUCUAGAGGUUAAGAAUUGAACGAUAAAUGAAGCGGUGUUAACAGUUACAUGUGUGUACAAUCGAAGCAGGAUGAGUUAGGGUUUUACGGUUUUGUGUAUGGAUUCGAGCAAGUUUGUAGUCGUAAGUGUUCUAGAGUUGAACGAUAAUUGAAGCUGUGUCAACCGGUGCAUGUGUGUACAAUCGAAGCAGAAUGAGUUAGGGUUUAUAGUCGUAAGCGUUCUAGAGGUUAAGAAUUGAACAGUUAUAUAGUCAAAACGUAGCUUCUGAAGACGCAAACGUGAACGAGGUAGUAGUGAUGGCUUCUAGGGUUCCUCCUGGAAAUGGAGGGGGGAAGUUUGGGUUUCGAAGACAGGAGAAUCGAAUUACUAUUCAGUUAACAUCGAGGUCAAAGCAAGAGAUGAAGGAGAUCAAAAGGAAGCUUGUGAGUGAGCUUGAGCUGGUUAGAAGAUUGGUGUCGAAGAUAGAGGAAACAGGAUCAAAGCCUUUACAUCAGUUGAGUAUAUCUGUUUUGGAGAACAGUCAGGGUGCAAGUGAGAAUGUCGAGAAAGAUAACCGAACUCCAAAAUCAAACCAGUUUUACAGAAAACCGGAUGUUCUUCCUGUUAAGGAUAGAGUUCCCGCUGCCGAGAGCUACAAGAAAGCAAAAUCCGGUGCCAAGAGGCAAGAUACUGUUGAUGCGAAGUUUUCUAAUAAAGUGUUCAAGAGUUGUGGUACUUUGCUUGAGAAGUUAAUGAAGCAUAAACAUGGUUGGGUGUUUAAUACGCCGGUUGAUCCGUUAGCUCUUGGUUUGCAUGAUUACUUCGACAUCAUUAAGCAUCCGAUGGAUUUAGGUACGGUGAAAUCUCGUCUUGAGAAAAACUGGUAUAAUUCUCCGAUGGAGUUUGCUGAGGAUGUAAGACUAACGUUUCAAAACGCUUUGACGUAUAAUCUGAAAGGGCAAGAUGUUCAUGCUAUGGCAGAGCUUCUAUUAAAGUUAUUUGAAGAAAAAUGGAAACCUAUAGAAGCGGACUAUAUAAAGGAAACAAAGCGUGCGGUAAAUAACGAAGUUGGUUUACCAACUCCAACAUCAAGACCGACACCUCCUCAGUUAUUACCGGUAUCCAGUAGGGUGGAAGCACCUGUUCCUGCCAUUGAUCCUAAACUGCAGCGUCCGGUUGUUUCGAGCACGGGUAGAACUCCUUCGUUAAAGAAGCCAAAAGCUAAAGAUCCAAAUAAACGGGAAAUGACUUAUGAGGAGAAGCAGAAACUUAGCAUAAAUUUGCAGAAUUUACCGUCUGAAAAGCUGGAUAACGUUGUCAAGAUUAUCAAGAAAAGGAAUCCGUCGUUAUCCCAAAAAGACGAUGAAAUUGAGGUGGAUAUCGACACGUUUGAUACUGAAACUCUGUGGGAGCUUGACCGAUUCGUCACCUACUACAAAAAAGAAGUAAACAAGAACAAAAGGAAAGCUGAAACUGAAUUCACUAAUCUAGAAACAAUUGACAUUGAACCGAACGUCCAAGACAAUAUUCAGAACCUAGCACUCGUUGUGGUCGAUGCUCCCAAAGAAGCUGAAAUGGAUGAAAGAAUCGCUUCGGCUAAUUCUCCGAUUCAGAUCAAGAAACCGAUGGAAGAACAGGUUGCUCAUGGAGAUAAGUCAAGCAGCUCUAGCAGUUCUAGUAGCGUAUCUGGAUCUUCUUCUAGUGAUUCUGAUAGCGACAGUUCGUCUGGAGCGCGAUCUGAUGCAGCUCAUUCUUCUAAAGCAUGAUUACAGAAGGACAUGAAGUUGGCAAAUCCAGGGCAAACGUACAACUUUUAAUGCAUAAGGUGCCGCUUUCCAUUGCAGUAUUGCUUCUAAUUUAGUGAUUCUAGCUCUAGUGAAAGGAUAUGUUGUUUGUUUCGUUUGUAACUGUUUAAACUUAUUUUAGCAAAGGUAGCGUGGAAUCAUGUAUGUAACCGUAUGUAAUCAACUCCGCAUAUCGUAUGGUCUUAGAUUUAAUUCUAGUUUGUUUCAGGUUUUUUCGACUA